AUGGCACUUCCGCACCUGGCGGCAUAUUUCAAACUAAUCCGCGCCCGAGGGUCGCCACAACCGCACGAGGACCCUAGAGGCCGGCCGGGCCGACGCGUCGCCGGAGAGCCGAGCGGCGGCGGACAAGCGACGCCGCCCCCGCGACGCCGCCCCCGCAUAAAGAACGUCGCGACGCCACCUGCACCCGGCACCAUUUGGCGCACGGCGCGGCGGCGGCGGCGGCUGCUGUUCCCACGGGGCCCCGCGAGCCGCUGCUACCUGCUGGCGGGAUUGGGGCCGCCACCUGCCGGCCAACCCAGCCGCCGAGCGGCGCUCGCCAAACCGCGCAUCGCCUCAGAGUACCGCCCACCUGUUUUGAAGAAAUCUGGCGCAGCUACCAGUGAAAACACGCACGAGAACCAUCUGCUGAUCCGCACGGGUGCCCUUCUAAUUACAACAACAAGAUUGGAACUCCGCCGGCCCCCUCGCCGGCACCUGUCCACCCCUCCGCCCGCGCCGCUCUUAGUGAAUUACAAUCUUCCCCCGGACACACAUCACGGGGCCCCGCCGGCCGCAGCUGCCGCCGCCGCCGCCGCCGCCGCCUGA